AUGGGGGCCGCUGCUCACUGUACUGCUGUGCUGUUGCUCCUGCUUCUAUCACAAGGACUAAUCACUGUUCGCUCUCAGGAGGAGGAAGAGGAGUCUGUCCAGGGGGAGGACCAGCAGCUGAGCAAGACGUGGACAAGGAAUAUCAAAGCCUGCACCUGUGACUGCGAUUCUGCUGAUUCACCGACACGCGCCAUUGCAGCCAUAAUACCUGUCUCGCCAACCUCACUGCCCCCACUGCUAGCACCUCAGGAUCACCCACUGAACUGCAUGCCAGAAUGCCCAUACCACCGAGCCCUGGGCUUUGAAUCUGGAUCUGUGACAUCAGACCAGAUCAGCUGCUCAAAUCAGGACCAGUACAGUGGCUGGUACUCCUCCUGGGUCCCCAGCAAGGCUCGACUUAACAACCAAGGCUUUGGGUGUGCAUGGCUGUCCAAGUUCAAUGACCAGUACCAGUGGAUCCAGAUCGACCUGAAGGAGGUAGGGGUGGUGUCUGGCAUCCUCACCCAGGGUCGCUGCGAUACAAAUGAGUGGAUUACUAAAUAUAGCGUCCAAUACCGUACUGUGGAAACUCUGAACUGGAUUUAUUACAAAGACCAGACAGGGAACAACAGGGUCUUCUAUGGGAACUCUGACCACUCCUCCACUGUGCAAAACCUGCUGCGUCCGCCGAUUGUAGCUCGUUACAUCCGCCUGUUGCCGCUGGGCUGGCACACCCGCAUCGGCAUGAGGAUGGAGCUGCUGAUGUGCAUGAACAAGUGCACUUAACGUUCACUCGGCCUGCGAUCCUUCCCCUCGACAACAUGCCACUCGCCAAAAGGGGGAUCUUGGUCCAGCACUGAAAGAUC